ACGGAAACAAAGCCCAUGGCCUGGCACAAACAGGGACCUGUCAACACACUAGACAAGGAGGUCAAAGAGCACGGGGUGCAGGGUGAAAGGGGCGCAAACAUAUGUCACAAUUCCAUACUGCAAGAUAAAAAGGCCCCCAAGGCAGAACCUGAGGAGGACAUAGAGGACAUAGAGUGUAGAAACCAAGAGCCCACAAGUACUAAUCAAGAGAACCAAGAAGUUGCAAAAAAUUUUGAGCAAGUUCUCAAAACUUUAUCACCACUGCAACUAGCUAAAGAGGAAUCUGAAGAGACUGUUGAUCAAUUUGAUGAUUGCUUAACUCCUCCCCCUUCCUUCAGUGUUAUAUCAACCAGAGAUUUCUGUGAGAAAGAGUUAUUUUUCAGCCUAGAGUGUGAGGUGACAGGAGAGAUGAGUGAUGUUAAGAUAAACUCAGAUACAAAAGACGACCUUAACUCUCCUGAUAGCCAAGAUAGUCAAGAAAGGCCAAGGACACCUCAGUUUCUAGGUCCAAUAGAUGAGGAGACAGAUGCAAUGUCAGAAGAAAUGAUGGGAAAGGAAAAUAUUAAAGAGCUACGCAUCAGUAAAAAAAAUAAUACAUCACAACCUGCUUGCCAUUCUCCCUCAGACAGUAAUGCUUCAGAUGGAAAUACAGUGAGCUCCCCUCCCUUUGCUGAUGAAUGUGAGGAAGAAGAGGAAAUGAGUGUGGACUUUAUAUCUUGUGUGCAGCAAAAGAACACACUGGAUGUCAGCAGCAAGGCUUUCCUGCUUUCAUAUUCUGCCUCAGAUCAUGCAGGCCAUUCAGCCAAACAGCAGGAGGUGCCGUUGCCACAAAGCCAACAUGAACCUAAUACUAGGGGAGUGAACCAGGAAGCCACGCAACAGGUGCUUAGCCAGGGAUCUCCACCUUUGUCGAGCGUUGCCAUGGAGCUGUCCAAUCAGGGUGGGGCAGGUUCUCAAGGCUCUGGUUAUGUGUUGACUGUGAGAGAAAGGCAUAGCAGGGCGGGGGAAGAUACAGAGGGUAAAAAGGAGCAAACAGGGGAAGAGAAAGGGCAGAAAGAGAGCAGAUCCGGAAGGAACAAGCCAGCUGGGGAGCAAUAUAGCGGGCAACUUUUAAGAUAUUCACAAACAGUCCUUGUACAAGACAUUAAGACAGACAGACAUCACUGCGGUGUCUCUCUUAAACAUACUAAACACACCAGGAUGGAAAAUGACUUGUGUGAUGACAGCCAGAGCGACAGUGGAGUGUCUGACGACUUCUCCCCGUACAGCACUUUGGAGGACACCACCACCUCUACAGGCUCUCCAACAACUCCAAAAGAGACUCCCAUUGAGAGGGAGAUCCGACGGGCUAUUGCGCGUGAAAACAGCCUGAGAAGGUCCAGGGGGCUUCCGAAUCCACCCUCCUCUCCAGAGUAUGUAGAUUUUCCUUUGAAAAAAAAUCUCCGCCAGUCUAUAACCACCAAGUCUGAGAGGUAUCAAGACAAAGACAGGGAAUUUGCGGGCAAGAAGAUGCAGCAUGAGAUCUACGCAGAGGCUCAAAGGGAGCAGGACCUGGUCAAGCUUGGGAAAGUUCCCGGUUUUUAUGACAAAGGUAUUGAUCGUCAAAUAAAAGAGACGAAACUGAUCUUUGAGGCCUUUCAGACACCCAGCGAUUCAACUUUUACCACCUCAACCAGGAGUAAGUCCUCCUCAUCAUCUUCCUCUAGCAGUGAUGCUUCAACUCUGGGGAACCAGGAUGACAGAUCAUCAUCAUCAUCAUCCACCGUUGGAAGCUCAUCUGGGGAAAGUAGACACAGCUUAGACGUGCUAAGUCCCACACCAUGCCUAACAUCUGCCCAAGGAGGGGGAAUAACUAAUUCCCAUCCCAGAGGACCAGGCUUUUCUGAGGGGUCAGGUUCUCAGGUCAUUAUCUUUGAGAAUAAUCUGGGUGUCCCACCACAGAAGCACUACCGCUACCACGUCAAAUCAGAGACAGAGGCAAUUACAGAGGUUGACUCUGGAUAUCAGAAAAUCUCAUCAUCCAGGGCAAGAGAGCAUCAUCAUUACUGGCUAUCAGAGAAAGGGCAGAAAAAAGAGGAUGAGGAGAAGGAAGAAGAGGAGGUAGCCAUCCAGGAGAACCCCUUUUUCAAACUGCGUACUUCAACUAAUUUAGUUAAAGUGAAGCGGGAUAUCCAAGAGGCCCAAAAGCGUGAGAAGGAGCUUCGCAAGCAGAGGAUCAGUCUAUAUGGAAGCAGUGGAGGUGCAAAAGGAGGAGGAGGACUGAUGCUAACCAGCAUGGAAAGAAAGAGUCUGCCUUCUUCUUUCAAUGGAUUGGGCACACCAGGGUCAUCAUAUAGGGUUGAAACUGGAACCUCAGGAGUGCGCCAGGUCAGCAAGUCGUCCAUGUGGCCCCCAGUGCAAACUGAAGAGGAGAUGAUUCACCGGGCAGAGGUACUCCAGAGUCCCCGGACCCCCAGACAGAAGACACCUCUAGUGCAGCGCUGGGAGUCGGGCCUCAUCAAUGGGCACAACAGAGAAGAUGACUGAGAUGGGAGGAAGAUGACUUGUUUUUAAAGUGCAGGCCUGAAUGACUAUUAAAUAAAAAGGAGAGUAUUAAAAGAGAGAGCACAUCACAGGAGGGAAUGGGGAUGAAGAGGAGGAAAGAGAGAAUAUGAAGUGAGAAAGAGGUCAGGGAUUGAGGCUAGAAAGGGGGUCAGGAGGAUUGGGAGCAUGGAAUAUGAUUGGUGGUGGAGUGCUUCACUAAGGAGGAGAGAAAGCUCUGGAAAAUUCUGAGACAAAUGAAUGUAAAAAGGCCUAUAAAAGACUAAUAAUAAUAAUGAUUAUACUGCAACAAUGUCGAUUUGUGAGAGCAUGAACCUCGAUAAACUUCUUUACCAUGAAUUUCUGAAAUAAGAAUGGAUGAUCUUUUUUGUUGACAGAAAGUUAGAAAAGCAAUAGCAAUAGCAAUGAGCAGUUUAAUGUGUUUAAUGAUGACUUAAUGCGCUGGUUUAAUACACCUGUACAAUGUAAUGCAAUGUGAUACAAUAGCCAUGUAAUAAACACAAUCUUUGCACAA